CCAGGAGCUGCGCUCGCCCUGCGCUCGCCCUGCGCUCCAGCCCCCGCGCGCCCCCGCCGCUGCGCUGCGCCUCCAGAGCGGGAUGAAUAAUACUACCGACACUUCCGAGUCUUCUCCCACUGAGAGAGGGAGGGAACCGACCAGCUUGGUCCCCACCACAAUGGGGCUGGGCUUCUUCCCUUCGGACGCCAGUCGUUUGAUCGUGGGUGAUGGCUCCCAGCUAAGGGCCAAUCAGAACAACUCCCAGGACGGCCAGCAUCUCUUCUUGACCACUUCGACAGCCCAGGUGAUCUCAAGCCUCUUCGUCUGGUCCGCUCUACUGAUUACUUUCCACCAGAUCUUCUUGCACCUGAAAAACUACACCAUUCCCAAUGAGCAGAAGUACAUCAUUCGGAUCCUCUUCAUUGUCCCCAUCUAUGCCUUUGACUCCUGGCUUAGCCUGUUGCUGAUUGGCAGCCACCAAUACUACGUUUACUUUGACUCUGUGCGCGAUUGCUACGAAGCAUUUGUGAUCUACAGCUUCCUGAGCCUUUGCUUUGAGUACCUCGGCGGCGAGAGCACCAUCAUGGCUGAGAUUCGAGGGAAACCCAUUGUGUCUAGCUGUAUCUAUGGAACGUGCUGCCUGCAAGGGAUGUCCUAUUCUAUCGGGUUCCUUCGAUUUUGCAAGCAGGCGACGCUGCAGUUCUGCAUCGUGAAACCCCUGAUGGCCGUUCUCACCAUCAUCCUACAAGCUUUUGGGAAAUACCAUGAUGGUGACUUCAACAUCCAUAGCGGGUACCUCUACAUCACCAUCAUUUAUAACUUCUCCGUCAGCCUGGCCCUGUAUGCGCUUUUCCUCUUCUAUUUUGCCACCACGGAGCUUCUGCGCCCCUUUGAGCCAGUCCUCAAGUUCCUCACCAUCAAGGCAGUCAUCUUCCUCUCUUUCUGGCAAGGGAUGUUACUGGCUAUCCUGGAAAAGUGCGGGGUGAUCCCAGAGGUUCAAAUAAUCGAUGGGAAAGCAGUGGGGGCUGGGACGGUAGCCGCUGGCUACCAGAACUUCAUCAUCUGCAUUGAGAUGCUAUUUGCAUCCAUCGCCCUCCGGUACGCAUUCACCUGUCAGGUGUACAGGGAGAAAAAGGAAAACUCAACAGUAAACCUGGCCCCUAUGCAGAGCAUCUCCAGUGGGCUGAAGGAGACCAUAAGUCCCCAAGAUAUUGUCCAGGAUGCUAUACACAACUUCUCCCCGGCAUAUCAGCAUUACACCCAGCAGUCCAUGAAGGAAGCAGAGACCAGUGAGCCUGCGCAAAAUGGGAGCGUGGAGCCCAAAGCUGAUGGCCCGCACAUCAAGAAGAGCAAAAACAUUGAGAAGAGGGUGUUGAUAUUUUCAGAUGAUGAAUUAUAAGAUAUGUCUGAGGCAAGGGAACAAAGGUUUGGGGCAAGUCCCCCUUGUCUCCCUCCAUAAUUGGACCUCCUCAAAGGAACUGACAGAUGGAGAAACUUGAGGGGGUCUCUUAUUCACUCAGUCAGCUAUUGCUCAGGAAAAAUCGAGUACUUGAAAGUCCCGUUUCUCAAAAUUGGGUCAUAUCCGGUCCUAAUUUAUGCCUGUGGGUCUUUGGGCCAUUCUCUCCUGCUCGCAGGAUGCAAACUAGUACUAGGAGAGGAGUAAAUGGCCUUGCGUUCCAGAGGUGCCAAAACCACGUCAUCUACCUCUGGCCUUUUGCUUUGAAGUGGAAGCAAAAGAUAGGGGGAGAAUUGUACGUUGGACUGUUUGCCACCCCCGGGAGAGAACAAAGACGUGGUGGGGCAGAAGGAAAGAGCGCAGGUGAAUGGGCCAGAUCUAACCUCCUCUUUCUAAAAGAAAUGUACCAGAUAGAAAACAGUGGACCCAACCUGAUAAGUGUGACUUAAGCACUGUUGGUAGGAAAGGGACACAGCUUCCAGUGGGACUGAGCCAGUUGUGGGAUCUGUCCCAUUAUGUUGGAAUGGAAUUGAGGAAGAGCAAGGCAGCAGUAGCUGGCUCCUCCUCUUCAAAGGGCAUCCUUUGCUACUUAAAAAGGUGGACCCAUUCCCCCAGGAGAGCAACUGGAAGCUAUCUGAGGAAGCUUCUCAAUGUUGCAAUUCUGUUUUGGAUGCCAAAGGAAAGACCUAAAACUCUGUGUUUGUUUGCUUGCUUGUUUGUGUGUGCAUGUGUGAGUGUGUGAUUGAAAGAGGUGGCAUUGAAACCGAGAGUCAUCCAAUUUUAUGAAACUGGCUUAUGGACUCUUACAGCUGGUCAGAAACUUGGGCAUCCGUAUGUACAGCUGUAUGCCCCCGUAUCACUUUGUAUUGCACAGGUGGGGAAAUGGGGCAAAUUCCCCACUGGUGAUGCUAUCCUAAGCAGAGUUUCACCUUUCUACAUACAUUGAAGUCGAUUGGCUUAGACUAGUGCAACUCUGUUUAGGGUGGUGCUUGGAGGUAUAUGGCAUUUCUAUGUGGGGUGAUUCCCCCCCUUCACUGGAUCACAGCCACAUGUGCAUGCGUGACCACUACCUAUAUGAAACGAGUAUCUGUUCUGACACUACCAGAAGCACCCUGUGACACAAGGGAGAAGUCCAUAAUUCAGUUCCUUGCUAUUCUAGUGUCACCCUCCCACAACCUCUACAAUGGUUGACAACCUCAAGACUGAAAAUAACUGGUUACUCAAAUGCAAGACAGUCCACUCUCUAAUCUGAGCUUUGCUACCCCGCUGAGAGAGCUGGGGGGGGGAGGGGGAAGACUUCUUGUUUGUUAAAAGCACAAGAGGUGCUUUGGUGCUCAGCUGGGAAUUACGGGAGGGAGUGCCUCCCUCCCCUCUUCCUCCUCCCACAGUUUUGUUUUGUGUGGUAACUUAUCAUAGCCUGAACAUCGCUGGAAAGUUUGUCAGCUUUGGGAAGAGUAUGGAUUUUUCCAUGGUGUGAUAAAGGAAUGCAGAAAUACUGCGGUGGCAACUACCAGGAGUAUAAAAAGUGUGAAACUUAUACAUUUUCCAAAAUCUUAUUUAUUAAAGUUUUUUUUUCUAAUAAAACAUUUCUAAUGCUG